AUGAAGACUCAUAGUCUACUAUCCUGUGUUUUAAGUUUUUACUCGAUAUUUCUGCUCAUAUCAGCAGAGAAAUCAUCAAAUACAUUAGACAUUCUUAUGCCUGAUGUUGUUGCUACUCAUGUCGACGAUUAUCUAUGCACAGCAUAUGCCAUGGAUCAAGAUAAAGCAACUUAUAUAACCUCUUUCAAUCCAUCGGCAACAUCAAACGAUGCUCAUCAUAUUUUACUUUUUGGAUGCACAGAACCAGGCAGUCAAGAAAAGAUUUGGAAUUGUGGUGAAAUGUCUUUUGCAGAUGACAGUUCUGCACAAAAUUACAAAAGUGCACCAACUUGCGCCUCAGGUUCAUCUAUUAUUUAUGCGUGGGCUUUAGAUGCAGAGAAAACUGAAUUGCCGCAAGAUGUUGCUUUUAAACUUGGUGGUUCAACGCCAAUAAAAUAUCUUGUAUUACAAGUUCAUUAUGCCAAUCUAGACAAAUUUAAAGCUGGUGAAACCGAUCGCUCGGGUUUAAUUCUUACCAAGUCCUCUACACCUACACCUAAACGCGCUGGUGUUUUCCUUCUUUUGACCGGUGGUUAUAUUCAAUCGAAUACCGAAGAAGUUUUCGAAGCUGCCUGUCGAAUUGAUCAAGACAUUGAAAUGCAUCCAUUUGCUUUUCGUACUCAUGCUCAUAAACUUGGUCUCGUAAAUUCUGGAUAUCGAGUACGUGGUGAAGGUGAUGACCAAGAAUGGACAGAAAUCGGCCGACGUUCACCUCAAUUACCGCAAAUGUUUUAUCCAACUCAAAAUGAUGUCACAAUUAAACAAGGUGACUAUGUUGCUGCAGCUUGUACCAUGUAUAAUUUACAAUCACAUAUUGUGAGAAUUGGUUCGACUGGAAAUGAUGAAAUGUGUAAUUUUUACAUGAUGUAUUGGGUUGAUGGUGAUCAAUUAUUACAAAAUGAUGUUUGUUCAAGUUCUGGACCUCCAAGAUAUUAUUUUGGACACGAUCGUGAUUUGAAUGUGGAUAAAAUUCCUGAAACUGCAUUCCGUGUUCCACCACCGCCAAAUGGUCCAGCACCUGGUGAACCUUUACUGGGCGGUCAUCAUCACAUGACGAUGCAACACAAAGCUAAUCCACGCAAACGACAACAUCGCUAUCAAUAUAUCUUUUAG